AUGGAGUCUGCGAGCGUGACUGUCGCUGCCGAUUUAUCUGCCAAAAUCAUCACACUAUGUUCCAAGUAUUUUGUCAAUGUUGCUCAUGCUCGAGGCGAGAUCGAACGCCUCAAAGAACAGCUCAAGAGUCUGGAGACGACUCUACGUCAAGCGAACCAUCUCCUCGAGCAUCCAAACAGUCAAUCCUUAUCUGCAUCUCGAGAACUCAAUGACCCGCUGCAGAAAUGUCAGACUGAGCUUCAACGGCUACGGGAUCAACUUGAGCCUAAUACGAAGCAAAAGGCAAUGCGAAGAUUUGGCCUUCGCGCGGCGAAAUGGCCGUUCAGUAGGGGCGACGUUGAAGCCGUUAUUGCUUCUCUUGUCGAAUACCGAGAGGCAAUUACAGCCAUCUUGCAGAUCGACCAGACAAGGCUUCUUCUUGAUAUCAACCAACGAAUCGAUGAUCUAUCUCUCCAAUCGGCCGAAAAUAGAUCAACGGAUCUUAAACCCCAUUUCAUCAUACCUUUUCCCCGUGAUCCAGAUUUUGUAGAUCGGCCAGCCCUUCGAGGGUGGCUCGAUGAGCAGUAUAAUGCAAGUCCAGCUCGUCGAUUAGCGCUGGUUGGCAUGGGUGGAUUUGGGAAAUCUCAAAUCGCCAUCGAGUUUGCCUAUAGAGUGCAUAUCGCUUCACCUGAGACCAACGUGUUUUGGGUACAUGGCGGUACAGAGGCGAAAUUUGAAGAGUCGUACCGAUCGCUUGCAAACGCACUCAAACUUCCUGAUCGUCACGACCCAGACACCAACGUUCUUGCCCUUGUACGCGAUUGGCUACAAAGGGCAGAAGCGCCGCCCUGGUUGAUCAUAUUGGACAAUGCCGACGAAAUGGAGACGUUCUUCCCUUCCAAGAGCCAGAGUGAAGAAGAUGGGCGGGAACCUUUGGCAUCUUACUUGCCCAAAACAGGCAAUGGGAAAAUCAUCAUCACCUCGCGCAAUAGAAGCGUGGCAGAAAAAUUGACUGGUAGUCAUAAAGCUAUCCAAGAGGUCCCUACAAUGGAUGGCUCCGAGGCUCUGAAGAUUCUCGAGAACAAAUUGAGCCAAGAUAUCGAACAAGACGCAGCUAUAGAUCUCGCUCGUGCCUUGAAUUUCAUUCCACUUGCCGUGAAUCAAGCAGCUGCAUACAUCAACCGGCGUGCACCUCGCGUCUCAAUCAGAUCAUAUCUGGAUGAAUUUCGACAAAGCGAAAAAAAGAAAAAGAGUCUCUUGAAUAGAGACGCUGGUGAUCUUCGGCGGCGCGAAGAUGUCUCCAAUUCUGUGGUAGUUACGUGGCAGGUAACCUUUGAACAGAUUCAGCUUGAGAGGCCAACAGCAGUCAACUUGCUGUUACUUAUGAGCUUCUUUCAACCACAAAAUAUUCCUGAAUUCAUGCUGUCGGGCUACAAUUUUGAUACCUCGGAUUUUGAAGAUAUGACUUUCGACAACGAUGAAGAAUUGGACGAAGAGUCGGAUGAAGAGUCGGAUGAAGAGUCGGAUGAAGAGUCGGAAUAUGACUAUCUGGAUGAAGAUUUAGAGGAUGACUUGGACGUUCUCCGAGGCUAUUCCCUCAUCAGAUUAUCCACCACAUCUGGACUCUGUGAUAUGCAUGCUCUCGUGCAGUUUUGCACCAAAGUUUGGCUCCUAGAGUCCAAUGGCAACAACUUUUCGCGCCUAAAAUCCCUAUUCUUGAGCCUUGGUGCCAAACACUUCCCAGAGGGAGUAUUUGGGACACGGGAGACAUGCCAGCUUUUAUUUCCUCAUAUAAAGCCUCUAAUGGAUGAAGAACCUACGGAUGAGCCUGGUAUUCUUAAUUGGUACGAGCUAUCAAGAAAAGCCUCGUUCUAUCUGAAAGCGAUUGGGGCUUACGUCGCGGCCGAGAGCACCGCACAAAAAGCUCUUGACUCAAGCAAGAGACUGCUAGGAAACGAGCAUCAUAGAACGCUGGGUUUUAUGUAUCUCUUAUCCUCAGCGUACCAGCAACAGUCUCGAUUUGAUGAAGCGGAGCUGCUACUUUCGCAGGUGGUAGAGACGUCAAAAAGGGUAAAGGGAGACGAGCAUCCAAAAACAUUGGAAAGAAUGUCUCACUUUAUACUUUUAUAUCAGAUGCAAUAUAAAUACGCGGAGGUGGAAUCGUUGCUUGUGGAAAUGAUUGAGAAGUCAAAAAGGAUAUGGGGAGACGAGCAUCCCAAGACAUUGAAGUAUAUGAUGAGGUUGGUAUUUCCAUAUAUAAGUCAAAACAGACACGCAGAAGCGGAACGUAUAUGCUUACAGGCGACGGGGAUAUCGAAAAGAAUUCUAGGAGAGGAGCAUCCUCAGACACUAUACGGCUUAACUCUCCUGGCAGAUACAUACGAGGGACAAGGGCGACUAGCAGAGGCCGAGUUGUUAGUCACUCAAGUGUUGGAGACUAGAAAAAAGGUGCUAGGAGAUGAUCAUCCUGAUACACUCUACGACUUAUCUCUCCUGGCAGAUACGUACGAGGGACAAGGGCGACUAGCAGAGGCAGAGUUAUUAGUAACUCAGGUGAUGGAGGCAAAAAAAAGGACGCUAGGAGAUGAGCAUCCUAAUGUGCUUAUUGCUGUGAAACAUCUAGCGGCUAUCCUCCAAAAGCAAGGUCGAUUGAUAGAGGCAGAGUCACUAUAUGCACAGGUUGUCGAGACAAGUAAGAAGAUGCUAGGAGAUGAGCACCCUGAUACACUUGGCGCCAUGGUCUUUCUAUUUUACGCAUACCAAAUGCAAGGCCGAUUAACCGAGGCGGAGUCGUUAUGCGUACAGGUAUUACAAACAAGAAAACGGGUACUGGGAGAUGAACAUAUUACCACACUUACUGCCAUGGCCAAUCUGGCGUACAUAUACCGAGAACAGGGCCGUUUCAACGAUGCAUUGGAGCUCUUACGCGAUGCUGUUUCUCGUCUGGUGCAGAUUGCAGGUCCAGGGAACGAAGAGACUGUAUGUGAGGUUGAAACUCUAAGAAGAUGGGAACAAGACCAGACUUGGGAUAUUAGCACACAAGAGGAAUUGAAGACGUAAUAGUAUAGAUUGUUAGAUGUCCAAUCAGCUUGAAACGUCAUCUAAUAGACUUUUGUCAGAC